AUGCUAACAUACAACAUUUGGUUUUCUGCUGAAAAGAUGAGAGAAAGAAUGGAAGCUUUGGGACAAAUCGUCGAAGAUCUCCAACCAGAUAUUUUGGUUUUUCAAGAAGUGACACGAGAGAACUUGGCUAUUUUAGAGGAACAGACGUGGUUUUCCCGGUAUCGCUUGAUUCCUUCCGGUGUCAAGAUGCAGGAGAAACCUCGCCAUUUUGUGAUAAUUCUAAUCGUAUAUGCUGUCGAAAAAUGGUUCAUUCAUCCAUUCGUCAAUUCUCCACGCAUGCGAAAGCUUGUCGUAGCACAAACUAGGAGUGCUGUUUCACCUGGACUGGAGUUUGUAGUCGCAGGAACACACUUAGUUCAUGCAGAAGAAAAUACUAUUCAACGCGAGCAACAACUGAAAGAAUCACUAAAAAUUCUCUCUCCAUACGAAAAUGUCUGCGUUAUGGGUGACAUGAACAUUGAAGAUAAGGUUGACGGAGACAUUGUUCUUCCUUCUCCUUGGAUUGACGCAUGGCUGUCUCUACCGGGAAACACUGACAGCAAUGGAUUAACAUAUGAUCGCAGCAAAACCCCUUUCGCCCCUCUUCUCAAGAGAACUGUAAAUGCCACAACUUACAAAGCAAGACUGGAUCGUGUUCUUUGCAAACUGAGCGAUUUCAAAGUCAAGGAAAUGCGAGUCGUUGGCGAAAAGUUGGCGAAGUCUGGAAUUCGCCCCAGUGAUCACUUCGGUGUGUUUACAGUAACAGAACUAUCGUCUACGAGCCAAACAAAACGUAACAAAAAUUUUGAGACUGCCCAAGAAGAGGUUUACUUUCGCAGACCACCUAACUGGAAGAAGUUAAUUAAGGAGCUGUAAAUGUAAAUACAUAAUAAUUACAGAAAUUUUACUGUGAAUUAUGAGCAAAAAAGCCAUAAAGCACGACAGGCAUGGUAGUGUUCUCGAUAGAAUUCAAUUUUGACGUAGCUGUUCAGCUACAAACCACAAAGAACUCGUUGUUGUAUUCCUUUAAACAAUGAAACAGAGCUUUAACUCUCAUGCUAGUCAACUGCGACACGGACGUCGUCGAUUUUCGUGGCUCGUUUCCCAUUAAAUAGUCGAUUUUUCAGUCGAAAUCGUCGCAUAUCAAGAAUUGUUCUACGUGCCUUCAGUACUACUACAUUAGAAAUUUCUGCAAUUUGAUUGUCUUAGAGCAGUGGUAUUUCAACUUAAUUCGAAAUACCUACAUGUGAAAAGUACAAACCUUUUGCAGGUAGUAGUAUAAACAAAUAAUAGCAUGAUUUGUACGUAAUAUUUGGCAUAAAUACCACUAAUUGUCUCAAAUUUCACUCGCCUGACGGCUCGUGAAAUUACGUAUAACAAUUUUGAAAUAUCACUUGAGGUAUUUAUGCCAAAUAUCACUACAAGUCAUGCUAUUACCUAUACUAACACUACUAGAGAGAUCAUCAGAGUAACCAAAAUGACGACGGAUUCGAGAAAACAAGCAAAACAAAAACCCUGAACGUGCAGCCCACUUUUUGCCGGGUUUCCUUGCCUCAUUGGACGACUAAUGAUGACAAUGAUUAUAACGUUAAUACUAAAAGCAUUUAUUUUUACACCAUAAAAUUACAGCACUGCUGAUGUGGUCUUGUGUGAAAUAAAACAAAAAAUCAUUUAGAGUGGUUUUCGUUUGAGUGUCGUAAAACCAAAACCAAAGUAAUUACUCUGGCCAAUCACAUAGGACACAGACAAUACAUUGAACCAAUCAAAACUCGAAGUAAUUACAUGUGGCUGACACAAAGCGCGGGAAAAUGCAUGCGAGCGCGUCACAAUUGGCUUUGGUUUUACUUCUGAUUGGAUGAAAAGGUGGCGCGAAUCUUUUAAGCCAAUCGCAUCGUGUAGAAAGUGCAAAACCAAUUACUUUUCGACACUCAAAUGAAAACCGCUCUAAAAGGCUAAUAUAUAAACAAUUUGUCCUAAUCUCGUACCCAGAUCUCACUCUUGUUUUACACUGAAAAGUGACCAAGUCUCAGGUCUUUCUGGCCGACAGUUUCUGAGUUAUUUGCCGAAUUGUUUCACGCACCUUUGUAGAGCUUUGUAUGGAGACGGCAUAUUGGUGCACCUUUCUGGUGCACCAACAUGGCCGCCGGAAAUCAACAAAAACAUCUGAAGUUCACUUUUUCUAUAAAAGCUCUUUCUUUUCACUUGAGAACUACCAUACGUACGCACAAACAUAUCUUCUAAUACUUGAAGUGGUUAUACUGCUGAAAAUCAAGAGGAGAGAAUUUUUUUCAACCAGACAGCAUUCCUAUUUUGGUGGUGACAGGCACUGUGAAAACUCGGAAGUUCAAACCGCUGUAUUUUCGAAAUGAAACAUGCUACGGAAAUGGAAACUUGUACAAAGUUUACUUUUUGUUUUUCUUCAACCUAGUGAAAAUAAGAAUUCGUAAAACCUCGCUAUUUAGACUUUACAAUUUGAUGACGUCAAAACGUAUAAAAUUCAGAGGUCAUUUUCUCGAUUCCUUCUCGGGGACAGCUAAAUCGGGGGGAGAAGGGGGGGGGGGUUGCGGGAGCUUAACAACACAUCGCUACUAAAUUGACCAAUAGAGAGGAGAAGUGUGACGUCACGUUACCGCGGUAGCACUAUUUCAUAACAACAAAACCAACGACGACGGCGACGGCAAGGAGAACGGCAAAAAAAUAAAAUGUUUAUAUUAACAAACAACAACUUUGCACGUCAAUCACGCUAUUUUGUACAUUUCUUUGCCAUCGCUGCACCACUACGACAUGAAACUUCCUAAUUUCACGAGCCCGCUUUAUGGAGUAGGUGAACACAACACAAAAAUUGUCCGGCAGGACUUUUCCGCGGGUGGCGGGUGACGGGUGACAGGUGGCGCGUGACGGGUAGCGGGAUAAAAAUAUAUAUGAAAAUAAUAUAUUAUAACUCGUUAUAGUGUAAUUGAUAUUGAUAUAACUGUAUGUUGUAAUUUUAAAAUAAUUUUAACGUUUAUAUACUAGCUACCAGACUCCAAAUAAAAGUAUCGUCUUGGUUUGUCUUAUCUACUUACGCGGACUAAAAAUGGAAAAAAAAAACGAGAAACUAGCGCCGCACCGCAAGUGACGUUUCGUCAGGCUACACGCGGUGUGUGAAAUGAAAAUGGGCUAUGUCAAGCAAGACACAUGGCACGUGUCGAUCUUGUUUGUCUAGUUUGCUUUUUCGUCCACAACAAGACGAAAGAUGAUUGCACUUUUCCAACUGUUUAGCCGUGUUUAUAACAGACUGCAAGAGAUUCGGCAUUCCGUGUCAAUGCUCAGUUUUUGCCCUAGUAUGCCAUCCUAAUCAGUAUUUUUAAGUAGUUUUUAAAAAAUGCAGAUCCUUUUUGUAUAUAUAAUUCGCGUCCGAGACGCCACAUGCGGCGAAAACGGUCCAUGCUGUGUCAAAAACGUUGUUGCUCCUUCUCUGGUACGCAUUAACAUUGACAACUUUGUUGCUUUAGUCUUAGGAAAAUUUCCUUGUUUUCUCGAACUAGACAUUUUGUUUAUUUUAAACUAAAGGUCGGGAACCAAAUUGGCAAAGAUUUAUCCCACGGGCAAUGCAAUGUUUAUCCCAACUUAUAACAAAAGAACAAACGCAAUUGUCAAAAAUCUGAGACACUGUUCAAACAUGUCGAGAAGAGAGUGCGAUCUUACUUGUCUGGUCGCAGGAUAAAUAUUACUGUUAUCAUUAAUUUUUAUGAGUUCCUCAAGCUAUCUCGUGCAUGCGAUAUCGUGUAGAAGAAUAUUGCUAAAAUAUCGCUUUUUGUAAUUUUUAUUAUAGUUUUUCUUUUUUUGAUUUCCCCUUUUGAUUUUUAUUAUUGCCUGAUCCACCAUCCGCCACCCGCUACCCGUCACCCGCUACCCGCCACCCGUCUACCCGCUACCCGCUACCCGUCACCCGUCACCCGUCACCCGCCACCCGUCACUCGUCACCCGAGGAAAAGUCCUGCCGAAAAUUGUCGCUUUCUUUUUCUAAACUUAGAUAACGAUAGAUACAAUCCCAAAGAAAAUUUCGCUAAGAUUUGCCAAAUUAAACGAAAUUGAAUAAGAUCGGUGAAGCUUCAUGGAAAUAGUGCGAAUAGACCAGGAGUAGGCUUUUAAGUGACUUUAUCAGGUUUCUUGUCAUCCAGAAAUUUUGCUACCAUGGCAUCGUGACGUGAGGACUUCUCCUCUCUAUUGGGGAGCUUAAGCAAAGGCUUUUUUUUCAGCGACACACGUCAAACGGAAUUGAGCCUUUUUCCCUUUUAAUUCGCCAUUAUGAUUUCAAAUUUGUAUUGCUGAGUGUCUUAAGUCUCAUAAAGACUAUUUGGCCAAACCUUUCGGGCAAAAUUAUUGCCCAAGAAUGAAAACGUUUCACUUUCGGUUGACGUGCGUCGCUGUAAAACGUCUUAAAUACGCAACAGGACGGGAGAGGAAAGAAGACUGUAAACCUUGUGUGACAAACGUGGCAAUAAUUUUGUCUGAAAAAACUUUCCGCCAAACUUCACCUUCCUUUAAAGAGACCCGUUUGUAAAAGACCAGUAAACAUUAAGGUUAAGUGAAGAUCACGACAAAACACACGGGUAAUGGCCUUGUCACGUUUUUGGCACAUAAACGUUUUACCGUCCUCUUCUUUCUGCCGUCCUGUUGCAAAAGUCAUAAAGGGCGCUUAAGCAAAAACGACGGCGGCGGCUACGAAAAAGUGACUUAAAAUGUGAAUUCCCGCUAGUGUCUCAAACUUUAUCGCGCUUAUUCCAUCUCCCUUAAUUCGUCAAAUGUGCGCAAAUUUUUUUGGAGUUGAAUUCUGAAGGACUGUAUCAAAGUUCAGGAAUAGAAAAAGAAAGUUGUUGCCUUGUGUUCCCCGUCCUCAACAAAACGUGAAAUUAGGCGCUUUCACGUUUUAAUUGUAGUCGUGCAACGACGGAUAAGAAAUGUACAAAAAAGCGUGAUGCACGUGCAAAGUUUUUGUUUUGCUAAUCUAACCUGUUGCCUUUUUGCUGUUCUCGUUCCCGUCGCCGUUACUUAAACUCCCUACUAAUAACCUAAAAGAGGGCACCCAGUUGUUCGAAGGGGGAUUAGCGCUAGCCCAGGGUUAAAUUUUAAUCGCGGUUUUGUUCAAAAGUAUUCAUACAUACAUAUAUACAUACAUAAACCAGUCAGUAGAAAACGAGGACUGCGGACCAUGGACUGCGGACUGAGUAUAAAACGCGGACUAUUAUGAUGACAUGAUUUCGCCCUGCUCCUUAACCCAUGUAAACAUGUACAUCGCGAUUAUAACCCUUUUCAUGGAUGUUAGAGACCCACGAGACCGGGUCUAAAAAUGUGUGUAGAAAAUAGCAUUUUCGUCAGGCCCAGGAGUUAAAGAGCUGGGUGGCACACCUCCACCAAGAAUUUCGAGGAGUAUUCAGUGGCAGAUCCAGAGGAGGGGCCCACCCCCCCGGGCCCAUCCCCUUAUUUUUAGACCAAACUGAGGGCUUAAAAAAAAAAUUCUUUUUGAGACAGGGCCCUUCCCCCUUAUCUCACGUUCUGGAUGACUAGGCCCUUCCCCCUUAUCUCACGUUCUGGAUGACUAGGCCCUUCCCCCUUAUCGCACGUUCUGGAUGACUGGGCCCUUCCCCCUUAUCGCACGUUCUGGAUGACUGGGCACCCCCUUAUCUGAAGGUCUGGAUCCGCUACUGGUAUCGUGUCUUGCUAUUUAGCGAUCUUUUGGUGUUAUUUUACCUUACCUAGAACCAAUUAGCACAGUUUUUAGCAACGUAGUCCGUAUUUUACAACCAGCAGGAUCUUCGUCCACGAUUUUUGCAGUUAUUUUAAUUCCGUAUUUUAUACCCAGUCCAUAUUUUCCAGCUGACGCUUUAUACCUAGUACGUAUUUCAUACUCAGUCCGAAGUCCGUAGCCCAUGUUUCAUACUGACCGAUACAUAAACUUUAUUUACACUCGAAUUUUUUAGAGUAGCAAGCUCAUACAUAAAAAUUACCUUAAUACAUUACAAGAAAUAAAAUUGUUGUUGCUGUUGUAAUAGCGUGGAUGUUUCAAUUAAAGUAUUUGUUACGGUCAUUUGCUUGGAACCACAAGCUACCUAGCAUUCGUGCCAUUAAAAUACUACCGAGGCCAAACCACAGGUUAUUAAAAAAAUUAUUAUGGUAAUUAUUUACAAACAAACCUUACCAAAGAGUGAGCCUGGAAACGAGGAAGUACCGAUCACGCGACCCAAACUUCGCGACCCAGUCUCACACCCACACCUCCCGAGCAAAGAUCAGAGUGUGCCACCGCGAAGGCAUGUCACGCUAGUCAACAUGCCUUCAUAUCACAACAGAGCUUUGUUGCUUAUUCGAAAUCACCCAUUUCUGGUCAUUUUAGUCUCGACAAUCACUGUGUUUGUUCUCCGUGCUUUACUAAGAUUACCUUCCGAUGGCUCUCUUGCUCAUGGAAGAACAAGAUCGCGUGUUCCCGAUGAAAUCAGCAUGCUAACAUACAACAUUUGGCGUUCUCCUGAGAAGAUGCGGGAGCGAAUAGUAGCUUUGGGACAAAUCGUAGAUGAUCUCGAGCCAGAUAUUUUGGUUUUUCAAGAAGUGACACUGGAAAACUUGGUAGUGUUAAAAGAACAGAGGUGGUUUGCUAGAUAUCGCUUGAUUCCCCCUGAUGUCACGGUACAGGGAACCAUUUCUCUCGAAAUCAUUUUGAUUAUGUAUCCAGCAGUACAAAAGUGGUAUAUUUCCCGAUUUGGAAUUCUCCACGAAAGCGAAAACUUGUUGUUGCAGAAACUAAGAAUAUUAUUCCUUCGAAGGUUCAGUUUGUGA